UUUUUUUUUUUUUUUUUUUUUACAAAGUAUAAUACUAGAAAGUGCUCUUAUUCUUUCUUAUUAAAAACACUUUGCAAAAUAUGUGGUCCAAAUACGCAUCUUCUCGUUGCUGCACCUAAAAACACACUUCGGUUCUCCCAAAAUGUCCCUCAAGUCAACAACGUCCCGGACAGUAAAAAUCUGUUGAUUAUUAUUUUUGAUUUAAAUGACAUUUUGGAAGAAAAAAUGUCAUUUCAUUUCCACUGAAGUUUUUGAAGCCCACUCGGCGCAACAUUAGGAACCGCUCAUCAAAAGUCCGCAUUGUCUUCUGUUGGAAAGGAAUAUGACGAGAAGGUGUACCUAAUCAAAUGUCCAGCGAGCAGAGGCAAGGAGCGCUUGGGUGCGCGCGCGCACGCACGCACGCACCCACCAUUAACCUGCAGCGGCGAUGCGCAUGAGCGCGCGUGCAUGCCCGCAGGCUGUUGGCGCACUCCGAUCAAAAACAAACCCCCCAAAAAAGAAAGACGUUAAUUCAAUGAGAAAAUGUUCCAUUCCUGCACAGGCGCUAAACGUCACAGAUGUUUAUCUGCGAGAUGACGUCACAGGUGGAAAUUCAAUCUGCUCCGGUGGUGCGUUUAGGAGCCUUUCAAGCUCUAAACGCCUCAUCAGCAACUUGUUUGACGCUAAUCAUUUUCUAUCGCGACUCGCUGCACAUUCCCAAGUCGAUUAUUAACCGGCACUCGUGUUUGGCUUUUUUGCUUUUUCUCCUUUUCUUUCCACGACCUAAAAGUCUUCUCAAGUUAGAGGACACGUUCCAAAACUCGUCUACACAUUUGGAUGACAUUUAUUGAAAUACAACGUCAACACUAAUGUGGUGGGACUACAAGAAGAUCAGUUUCUCUUUUGUUUUUGUUUUUAAACCCGAGGCCCAUUAUCGUCACUAGUUAUUGUUGUUAAUAAUUAGUAUAAAUAUUAAAAAGGAUUACUAGUAGUACGUAUUCAUAGUGACAUACGCUAUUCCGUCCUCUUAAAAACGAGGAAAAAAGUGAUGAAAUAGAGUAAAAAAAAAAAAACAAUUCAAUAUAAAAAUAAAGAUAAAUUGCAUGGUUUUUUUUUUAUUUAAGUUAUGUGAGUACAUCUUAAAAUACAUUCUGGGGUGGGGGUGGGGGAGGGGGAAUGAACGAAAUAAUAAAAAAAAGAAACAAAAACAACCACCCCAAAAUUUAGAAACUGGAUUUUAUUGUCUUGAAUUAUACGCCCAAAAAAAAACAAAAAAAACAACAACCGCGAGCGCAGUCGGAAUAGAAUCUCUUUAAAAGCACACUGCUUAAAAAGGCACGAAUUAAAAUCAUAAACAUUUGAAAUCUAUCAUAAGAAUAUUGAUUCAUUGUGCUUUUAGAUAAAUAAGAAACCAUCAAACCUGUUCAUGAGAACUCAAAUGUUCUCAUGCUGAGCUGAUGAUGCACAAAAGCAGACAAACGGAAGUAAAACGAGGCAAAAACAAAAAAAUGAAGCGACCUCUGCAAAUUUGGCGGACACGUCGUCAAAAUUCAUAUUUGAGACGUCGAUAUGCAUAAGACGGCGAUUUCACAAAAGAGCUUAUCCAGACUGUUUCUAUAGGCUUGAUUGGCAGGUGCUGUGGUCCAAUCAGCGCCCGUGCAGGGGGGGGUGGGUGGUGGUGCUGCACACUUGUGCAGCUUUGCGUAAAGAAGCAAAAAAAAAAAAAAAAGCUUGAGCGAGCGUCAAGGAGGACUUGCAGCACUGUUGACUUCUCAAGGAACAUCUCCAGGCUGCGCAGCCACAAAAGAAAAGCUCGACAUGCGUCGAUAAAAGAGGAUUUAGCAGGAGGAAAAGAGAAAAAAAAAACAUUUAUAUAUAUAUAUAUAUAUAUAUAUAUAUAUACAUAGAAGAGGAAAAAUCCCGACUGGUUUCCUGUUCGGAGAUGUUCGCGCCCGCAGGCAAGCGCUGCUUCACCAUCGAGGCUCUGGUAGCCAAGGAGAACCCGCUGGCCGGGGCCGACGAGCCCGUCAGGCCCACGGCGCUCAGCUACGCCGGCCCCGCCGCGGACGCCCUGAUGGGCGGCUACCAGGCGGCGGCGGCUGCGGCGGCGGCGGCGGCGGCCCGCUCGCUCUACCCGACCCCGGCCGAGCUGGUGUUCCCCGAAGCGGUGAGCGGCCACCCGUCGCUGGGCGCGGACCCCCAUCACGCCCACCACCCCCACCAGCAGCACCAGCACCACCACAGCCAGCAGCACGCGCACUUCUUCGGCUCCGUGCAGCACCGAGACCCGCUCAACUUUUACCCCUGGGUACUCCGGAACCGGUUCUUUGGACACAGGUUUCAAGGUCACGACGUCUCCCAGGACGGCCUGCUCCUCCACGGUCCGUUCGCCCGCAAGCCCAAACGGAUCCGAACCGCCUUCUCGCCGUCGCAGCUGCUGCGCCUGGAGCGAGCCUUCGACAAGAACCAUUACGUGGUGGGCGCCGAACGCAAGCAGCUGGCCGCCGGACUCAGCCUGUCCGAGACGCAGGUGAAGGUGUGGUUCCAGAACCGGCGGACCAAGUACAAGCGGCAGAAGCUGGAGGAGGACGGGCCGGACGCGCAGCAGAAGAAGGGCAACCACCACAUCAACAGGUGGCGCGUGGCCACCAAGCAGACCGGCUCUGAGGACAUCGACGUCACCUCGGAGGACUGAAAAGAGAGAGAGAAAAAAAAAAAAAGAAAAUCACAGAAAACCAAAAACACUGCUGACUGACUCACGAGGACCAACAACGUUAUUUAUGAUUUCACAUGAUGAAGUAUAACGUCGAACGAACGCGACUGAGACGGACCCCCCUCGUUGUGUUCUCGUGCUGUUGUUUCAUUAAAGCUGCUGUGUAGGUCGUC